CGCGCACGCGCCCAGCCGCGAGGGCGUGCACGUACAGCUGUACUAAUGUGAUGUCAGAACGCCGUUGAGCUCAAAAAAUGUUAGCCUGUGUUGUUAAGUCGGAAAGCUACAGGGGAUUUGCCAGACGGAAAUAAUACCGUUUUACCGCCUAGAAACACAUGUACAGCACACAUAUUUGCGUAUCGCGUUUUUAUACGUUUUUCUAUCCGCUUGCAGCGAGCGUCUUGGGUUUAUGCUGAGAGAAAGUUGGUCGGUUAUUUUGUGGGAGUGAUGUCGAAUCCUGGGACUCGAAGGAACGGGUCAAGCAUCAAAGUCCGACUGACAGUAUUAUGUGCCAAGAAUCUGGCAAAGAAAGACUUCUUUCGGUUGCCUGAUCCUUUCGCCAAAGUGGUGGUGGAUGGCUCGGGUCAAUGCCACUCUACAGACACGGUCAAAAGCACAUUGGACCCCAAGUGGAAUCAGCAUUACGACCUUUAUAUUGGGAAGACCGAUUCCAUCACCAUUAGCGUAUGGAACCACAAGAAGAUCCAUAAGAAGCAGGGUGCAGGUUUCUUAGGCUGUGUGCGGCUCCUGUCCAACGCCAUCAGCAGACUAAAAGACACAGGCUACCAGCGUUUAGACUUAUGCAAGCUGAACCCAUCUGACAGUGAUGCUGUUCGUGGACAAAUCGUUGUGAGUCUGCAGACCAGAGACAGAAUUGGCAGUGGAGGGCCUGUGGUCGACUGUAGAGGACUGGUAGAGAAUGAAGGGCCUGUCUUUGAAGACUCGGGGCCCGGGCGGCCUCUCAGCUGCUUCAUGGAGGAGCCCAUGCCAUACACCGAUCCUACAGGAGCCGCUGGCGGGGGCAACUGCCGUGCACUUGAGUCGCCCAAUCAGGAGCAACGGCUCCAAGCACAACGCAUCAGAAACCAAGAUUCUAGAGGGCAUGCACACACCCCCCAAAACAGACCACAUGGACACCAAUCCCCUGACCUCCCUGAGGGCUAUGAGCAAAGGACCACCGUGCAGGGCCAAGUCUAUUUUCUGCACACACAGACUGGCGUGAGCACCUGGCAUGAUCCCAGAAUACCCCGGGAUUUGAACAGCGUGAGUUGUGAGGAGCUGGGCCCUCUGCCGCCCGGCUGGGAGAUCAGGAGCACUGUGUCAGGACGAAUUUAUUUUGUUGACCACAAUAAUAGAACCACGCAAUUCACCGACCCCAGGUUACACCACAUCAUGAGCCAACACUCUCAGGUGAAGGAGUCGAGUCAGGCUCUGCCUGUUCAGAUGGAAGUUGGCAUGGAGGAAGGUGAUGGCGAGUUACCAGUGCGCUAUGAGAGAGAUCUGGUCCAGAAACUCAAAGUUCUCCGCCAUGAGCUCUCCCUGCAGCAGCCUCAAGCCGGCCACUGCCGCAUAGAAGUGUCCCGUGAGGAGAUCUUUGAGGAGUCUUAUAGACAGAUCAUGAAGAUGAGACCCAAAGACCUGAAGAAGCGGCUGAUGGUGAAGUUCAGAGGAGAGGAGGGGCUGGAUUACGGUGGAGUUGCUAGGGAAUGGUUGUAUCUCCUCUGCCAUGAGAUGCUGAAUCCAUACUACGGCCUGUUUCAGUACUCGACUGAUAACAUCUACACACUACAAAUCAACCCGGACUCAUCCAUCAACCCUGACCACUUGUCUUACUUCCACUUUGUUGGGCGGAUUAUGGGUCUGGCUGUUUUCCACGGGCACUACAUCAAUGGAGGCUUCACCUUACCCUUCUACAAGCAGCUCCUGGCGAAGCCCAUCCAGCUUUGUGACCUUGAGACGGUGGACCCAGAACUGCACAAGAGCCUCGUCUGGAUACUAGAGAAUGACAUCGCAUCUGUUUUGGACCACACCUUCUGUGUAGAACACAAUGCUUUUGGCAAAUUCCUCCAACAUGAGCUGAAACCAAACGGCAAGAACAUCCCGGUCACAGAGGAGAACAAGAAAGAAUAUGUGAGGCUGUAUGUCAACUGGAGAUUCAUGCGAGGCAUUGAGGCCCAAUUCCUCGCCCUGCAGAAGGGCUUCAACGAACUCGUACCACAGCAUCUGCUCAAGCCUUUUGACAACAAGGAACUUGAGCUGAUCAUCGGAGGUUUGGGCAAGAUCGAUCUGAACGACUGGAAGGCGAACACACGGCUGAAGCACUGUGUGGCUGACAGUAACAUAGUGAAGUGGUUCUGGCAGGCGGUCGAAUCGUUUGACGAGGAGAGGAGAGGCAGAUUGCUACAGUUCGUCACAGGCUCAACACGCGUCCCUCUACAAGGCUUCAAAGCACUGCAAGGUUCUACAGGUUCUGCAGGACCAAGACUCUUCACUAUUCAUUUAAUUGAUGCCAACACAGAAAACCUGCCCAAAGCCCACACAUGCUUCAACCGGAUCGACAUCCCGCCUUACGAGUCAUACGAGAAGCUCUAUGAGAAGCUCCUGACGGCCGUGGAGGAGACGUGUGGCUUCGCAGUGGAGUGAGCGAGUGCCCUGUCCAGCCAACCAGCAAUGGCAGCAAACCCACCUAACAGCCCCAGCCAUCCUCUUCACCCCCCUCCCCUUCUCCAGCACAGACGGACUGGUGUCUCCUGACAGACUUCAGCAUCAGCUGGAAGCUGCAACGGAGGGGAGCGACCACCCCAGGGCAAAACUCUCAAAGACUCAUGAUUCCUCACAACGGGAUUCGGGAAUUGUUUCACAUUACCACAAUAAGUUACAGAGAAAUCUGAUCAACGUUUCUUUCGUUCCUCAAAAACCCAGUUGGUAUUGUCUUUGUCACUGAAGCGGUGGGCUGAAAGCGUCUGACUGUAACACGAGUGAGUGUGUGCUGCAGUAGAGCCUCGCUGAGCCUGUGGUCUGCAUGAAUAGAGCGGACCUUUUAGUCUGGCGGGAGUAUUUUAACAUACAGCAAAGGCAUCUUGAAGGACAAGGGUGGUCUGCGUUGUCAUGCUCGGUAUCGUCUCUUACUUGACUUUAUUUCCUUUGUGUCCUGUUCAGUACUAUAGGAUGGCAUUUCAAUGGUAUCCAUUUCCUGUACUCAUCAGCGUUCUCAUUGUAGAAAUUAACUCCAUUGCUUGAAAUGUAUAAUUGUAAUGUUUUUAUUUGUUGUUGUUUUUUUUUUUUUUUUUUUUUUUGCUUAACAGCGAGUCUUAGUCUUCUUGUGGGAAGUGUGAAUCUCACAGCCCUUGUGUGUUAAUGUUCCUCAACUGAAGCACAACGAUCAUGUGCAGUCUAGAGAACGACCCAAAGCCUGAGCGAGUCUCCUGAGCGAGCCAGUAUUUACGCCACAUAAAAUCGUUUUUUUUUUUUUUUUUUUUUUUAAUGACAUUUUUUAUCCAGUGAGCAUUCCUGCAUCGUCAACAAAAUACCUAUUUUUAAAGAUAAUGUUUAAUGAAUGGUGUUUUAAUAUGCAGAUUUUGAAGCAAAUCACCUUCUCAGAAAAACAUUCUGAUCCACUAACACGCCUAAACUGGACUCCUAACCCUAGUUUUGCAAAGAAAACGGAUGUUGAGUGUUUUGAAGAAGCUCUUUUUGUCCUAAACUUUAAUGAAUCUAACCAUUAUCAUAUGGUAGCUUGGCAUUAACAGUUUCAACGUAACGCACCAUGAAACUGAACUCUAGACUGUUAUUCACGUGUCUCCUUCAUUCAAACCACUGCUUCAAGUAACGUUCAGCACUUUGGCUGGCACGUGUACAAUCUCCCGUCAUGGAGACGUACGUCUGGCUGUGUGGCGGUACAUCUGCAGACUCUGAUGGACAGGGGUUUGCUCCAGGUUUUGUGAGGUGAAACAGCAGGGGAGUGUCUUGGAUUUCAUUAUGUAGUGCUUGACGUGCAUGGCACCAGAUUAUUCUUUCUAAAUGUAAAGGAUGAGCCAACCUCAGUGUUCCUUCAACCACUUUUGUCUCAUUCUCUCUCUCUUUUUUUUUUUAACCAGUUAUUUAUUACCAUGUAAUGUCCUUUAAGUAUUGCUGCUAUUAUCAUUAUUCCAUAGUUUUCAGAGAAGGCCGAGUUCUUGUGAAAGCUGUACACUAAUCUCUCUUAUUUUAUGUAUGAAUCAAAGUAUUUAAACCUGCUGCUGAUUCUUCAGGAAGUUAAGAGGACGGGUUCCCCCGACCUUUGACCUGGAUGGAGUUAGCAAGUGAUGUAGGCUGGGCCCCGGUGGUCAUGUUCAUAUUUGUGAUAUAUGCAAUAAAAACCAUCACCUUCAUAUUCUUGGUUCUGUCUUAAAAUGUCUCUUUCCUCACUGAAUGUGUAUCGGAUCGGUCAGAAUUUGUCUUCGGUGAGUGUGCAAAAAUGAUGUUUUUCCAAAAGAGUGGUGAACCAUUUUUAAACUUUCAUGAAAGACAAUAGAGGUGACGUUUAAUGUUGUGUAAUUGUGGGGAUGGCUGAUGAGCUUGAAGAUGAGUAUGGACUUUGCCUGAAUUUACAGUUGUUUUCCUAUUUCUCGAAAGAAAAACCUUUUUUCCAAGGAAUGUGACCGGUAUCAUCACAUUGUACAAUUAUUAGGUCCUGAGUGUCAUUGUUUAUCCGAUGCAAGAGUAAUGUAACUUACUAUGUACUAAACAUUUCUGAAAAAUAUUCAGUGUAAAUAAGAUUAUAUUAAAGAAACUAAAUUGAAAACUA